CUUCAAAGGCAGGGAAAGGGUGAGACCUUUCAAAGCCGCCAAGUGGGCCGGCUUCCAGCAGCAGUCUGGGACUGAGAGAGCAGCAGAGCCACGAAGCUGGGCGGCGGGGCAUUGGGCCUCGCGUUUCAACUCUGUUCGGUUCUCCUGUAAUGGAAAAUUGCUUUGCACAAAGCUAGAGUGUUACAGUUCUUUCCAGCGCCCCUCCCCCGCCACGCCCCACCCCUCAGCAGCCUUUGGAUCAGAGGGACCGACCGCGCCUGCAGGAAGGUGGAAAGAGGGUAGUCCUGGCUUCUUACUAUGUCCCCUGCUUCAGGCCCUGGCCCCGGAUGGUUACUCUUUUCCUUUGGAAUGGGGCUGGUAUCGGGAACAAAGUGUCCAAAUAACUGCCUGUGUCAAGCCCAAGAAGUGAACUGCACAGCGAUGCACUUAACGGAAUAUCCCCCUGACAUUCCCCUGAACACCCGGAGGCUGUACCUGAACAAUAACAGAAUCACUAGUUUGCCAGCCAUGCAUCUAGGACUCCUCAGUGAUCUUGUUUACUUGGACUGUCACAGCAACUGGAUCCGAGAGGUGAUGGAUUACACCUUCAUCGGGGUCUUCAGACUCAUCUACCUUGACCUCAGCUCCAACAACCUCACCUCCAUUUCCCCAUUCAGCUUCUCGGUGCUCAACAACCUGGUGCAGCUCAACCUUGCCAACAACCCUCGCCUGUUAUCUCUUGACAAGUACACCUUUGCCAACACCAGCUCCUUGAGGUACCUGGACCUCAGAAACACUGGCUUGCAGACCCUGGACCAUGCUGCGCUGCACCACCUCGUGGUACUCCAGACCCUGUACCUGAGUGGAAACCCCUGGAAGUGUAACUGCUCCUUCAUGGACUUCGCCAUCUACCUAAUAGUGUCCCAUCUGGAACCCCCAGAUGAUGAAAAUGCCACAUGCGUGGAGCCCACGGAGCUGGCAGGGUGGCCCAUCACACAAGUGGGGAACCCACUCCGAUACAUGUGCCUCACGCACCUGGACCGCCAGGACUACAUCUUCCUGCUGCUCAUCGGCUUCUGCAUCUUUGCCGCAGGCACGGUAGCUGCCUGGCUCACGGGGAUGUGCGCGGUGCUCUACCAAAAUGCCCGCCGCAAAUCCAGCGAGGAGGAGGCCGAGGAUGAGGCUGGGCACAGAGCAGAAGUCACCAGGCGGAUCUUUCAAACCAAGGAAAAAUCAGGCCAGGAAGGGUUCCCUCAGCUGAUUUAGCUGCCAGAGACCACUCUCCGCUGUGACUUCCCCAGCUCCUGGCUAUCUCGCCCCGCCCCACAUCACCACGGCUGGACUGUCUUAGACAACAAUGCCUCCUAGUAAAAUAAAUAAGAUGUUUGGAGAUCA